AUGGCGCUCCGGGGGACCCUCCGGCCGCGCAAAGUUCGCAGGAGGCGACAGAUGCUGCCGCAGCAAGUUGGCUUCGUGUGCGCGGUGCUGGCCCUGGUGUGCUGUGCGUCCGGCCUCUUCGGCAGCUUGGGCCAUAAAACUGCUUCUGCUAGCAAACGUGUUUUACCAGACACAUGGCGAAAUAGAAAGUUGAUGGCACCAAUGAAUGGGACUCAGGUGGCCAAGAACUGCACAGAUCCUGCUAUUCACGAGUUCCCCACAGACUUGUUCUCCAAUAAGGAGCGACAACACGGAGCUGUCCUGCUGCAUAUCCUUGGUGCUCUGUACAUGUUCUACGCCUUGGCCAUCGUGUGUGAUGACUUCUUUGUCCCAUCCCUAGAGAAGAUCUGUGAGAAACUCCAUCUGAGCGAAGAUGUGGCCGGAGCCACCUUCAUGGCUGCAGGAAGCUCCACGCCAGAGCUGUUUGCCUCCGUGAUCGGCGUGUUCAUCACUCAUGGAGACGUCGGCGUGGGGACCAUCGUGGGCUCUGCUGUGUUCAACAUCCUGUGCAUCAUUGGAGUGUGCGGACUGUUCGCUGGCCAGGUGGUGCAUCUGACGUGGUGGGCCGUGUGCAGAGACUCAGUGUACUACACGCUCUCGGUCGUCGUGCUCAUUGCGUUCAUAUAUGACGAAGAAAUCGUGUGGUGGGAAGGCCUGGUGCUCAUCAUCUUGUACGUGUUUUAUAUUCUGAUCAUGAAGUACAAUAUGAAGAUACAAAUGUUUUUCACAAGCAAACAAAAGAGCAUUGCCAAUGGCAACACUGUGAACAGCGAACUGGAGGAUGUGAAGGAGAAGCCGCAAUACGGCAAGCCCCCGGUGGUGAUGGUGGACGAGGUCAUGAGCUCCAGCCCUCCCAAGUUCAACUUCCCCGAGGCUGGCUUGCGAAUCAUGAUCACCAACAAGUUUGGACCCAGGACCCGGCUACGGAUGGCCAGCAGGAUCAUAAUUAACGAGAGGCAGAGGCUGAUCAACGCCGCCAAUGGAGUGAGCAGCAAGCCGCUUCAGAACGGAAGACCUGAGAACAUCGAGAACGGAAAUGUCCCCGUGGAAAACCCCGAGGACGCUCAGCAGGACCAGGGCCAGCAGCCGCCACCACAGCCGCCUCCUCCAGAGCCGGAGCCUGUAGAAACCGUCUUCCUGUCCCCCUUCUCCAUGCCUGAGUCGAAAGGGGACAAAGCCAAGUGGGUGUUCACCUGGCCGCUCAUCUUCCUCCUGUGCAUUACCAUCCCCAACUGCAGCAAGCCCCGCUGGGAGAGGUUCUUCAUGGUCACCUUCGUCACGGCCACGCUGUGGAUCGCCGUCUUCUCCUACCUCAUGGUGUGGCUGGUGACCAUUAUUGGAUACACGCUUGGGAUCCCCGAUGUCAUCAUGGGUAUCACCUUCCUGGCAGCCGGCACGAGUGUUCCUGACUGCAUGGCCAGCUUGAUUGUGGCGAGACAAGGCCUGGGAGACAUGGCGGUCUCUAACACCAUAGGGAGCAACGUGUUUGACAUCCUGGUGGGGCUCGGCAUUCCGUGGGGCCUGCAGACCAUGGUUAUUAACUACGGAUCCACGGUGAAGAUCAACAGCCGGGGUCUAGUCUACUCUGUGGUGCUGUUGCUGGGCUCUGUCGCUCUCACUGUCCUCGGCAUCCACCUCAACAAGUGGCGUCUGGACCGGAAGCUGGGCAUCUAUGUGCUGGUUCUAUACGCCAUCUUCCUAUGCUUCUCCAUCAUGAUAGAAUUCAACGUCUUCACCUUCGUCAACUUGCCCAUGUGCCGAGAAGACGACUAACGCUGAGCUGCUGCUCCGGGAGCUGUCGUGGCGUCCUCUCUCUCUCUCUCUCCUUCCCCACCACAGAUCUCUCCUGCCUCCGCAGCCACCGUCUGUUCUCUCAUGAGCUGGAAGGAAGGGUCAGCACGGUCAUUGUCUGACCACAGGCCGGGCUGCUAAG